GUGGUGAAUUAAAAAAGGAACCUAAGACGAAGCAAUGCGACGUUUAGUCAAGUGUUUCAUUUUGGGUGCAUGUUGUUUGUUGGUGCAGUCCACCAUCAUAGAGGAUAACUCAGAUGGUGUAGAAGACCCACAAAAUGCAUUGCCAUUUAUUUUUCCAGGGACUAAAUGGUGUGGAUCUGGAGAUCUAGCCAAGAGUUAUGACGAUCUCGGUAUCCACAAGGAUACGGACCUUUGCUGCCGAGCACACGAUGUAUGCAAUGAUACCAUGGCAGCAGGAGAGACAAAGAAUAACCUCACAAAUGACUCACCUUUCACAAAACUAAGCUGUAAGUGCGAUUAUGACUUCUACGAUUGUUUGGAAAAAGUGAACAGUAUGACUUCUAAUACGGUAGGAAAGAUGUAUUUCAAUGUACUGAAAAGAGAUUGCUAUGCCGAAGAUUAUCCACUCACCAAGAAAUGCAAAAAAUAUAAAACAUUUUUGAAGCUGAUUUGUGUAGAAUAUCAUAGAGAUACUAAAGCUAAAAAGGUGUUCCAGUGGUUCCCUGCAAAGAGGUAUAGAAAAUUACCUCUUCCAAUUAUAGGAGGCAUAGGAAGUCCCGUGGCAGAAGAAAAGUAGCUACUUGUAUACACGUACAGAUGAAGAAAAAAAAUUAUUGUUAAUUCCAAUUAAACAUGCAGAAAAUCACUGUGACUUCACGCCUAAUAAAUCAAUAAAUUCUAUUUAUUGUUGAAAAUA